AAGCUUAGCGCGGGUUUCAUCCGUCGUUCGCGGCUUCUCCUGCAGUUGUGUAGGGAGUUUGCGUCAUUCUGCACUUUUAUAUUCUGUCUAGGUGUUCCUUUAGCCGCUUCUUGAGCUAACGUAAUAUCUUUAUUCGUCAUGAUGUAUGUGAUCAAGCGAGAUGGGCGCCAGGAGCGCGUCAUGUUUGAUAAAAUCACCUCUCGCAUCCAGAAGCUUUGCUAUGGCUUAAACUCUGAGUUUGUGGAUCCGGCUCAGAUCACGAUGAAGGUCAUCCAGGGCUUGUACAGCGGCGUGACCACAGUGGAGCUUGACACCCUGGCAGCUGAGAUUGCGGCCACCCUGACGACUAAAUACCCCGACUAUGCCAUUCUCGCUGCACGGAUUGCCGUCUCCAACUUGCACAAAGAGACAAAGAAAGUGUUCAGCGAGGUGAUGGAAGAUCUGUACAGCUAUGUCAACCCCCUGAACAAAUGCCACUCCCCCAUGAUCUCCAAAGAGACUCUUGACAUUGUUUUGGAGAACAAAGAUCGUCUAAACUCGGCCAUCAUUUUCGACAGAGAUUUCUCCUACAACUUCUUUGGUUUCAAGACGCUGGAGCGCUCCUACCUCUUGAAGAUAAAUGGCAAAGUGGCCGAACGCCCACAGCACAUGCUCAUGAGAGUGGCAGUUGGGAUCCAUGGGAGGAACAUAGACGCAGCGAUCGAGACCUACAACCUCUUGUCGGAGAAGUGGUUCACUCACGCCUCCCCGACCCUUUUCAACGCCGGCACCAACCGGCCGCAGCUCUCCAGCUGCUUCCUGCUUGCCAUGAAGGACGACAGCAUCGAGGGCAUUUAUGACACCCUGAAGCAAUGCGCCCUCAUCUCCAAAUCUGCUGGGGGCAUCGGAGUGGCGGUCAGCUGCAUCAGAUCAACUGGGAGCUACAUUGCCGGCACCAAUGGGAACUCAAACGGACUGGUCCCCAUGCUGAGAGUUUACAACAACACCGCUCGCUAUGUCGAUCAGGGGGGAAACAAGAGACCGGGAGCCUUCGCCAUGUACCUGGAGCCCUGGCACUUUGACGUGUUCGACUUCCUGGAGCUGAAGAAGAACACCGGAAAGGAAGAGCAGAGAGCCAGAGACCUUUUCUACGCCCUGUGGAUACCUGACCUGUUCAUGAAGAGAGUGGAGAGCAACCAGGACUGGUCCCUCAUGUGCCCGAACGAGUGUCCCGGUCUGGAUGAGUGCUGGGGGGUGGAGUUUGAGGAGCUGUACACUAAAUAUGAGAGGGAGGGGAGAGUAAAGCGUGUGGUGAAGGCCCAGCAGCUGUGGCAUGCAGUCAUCGAGUCCCAGACAGAAACCGGAACGCCUUACAUGUUGUACAAAGAUGCCUGCAACAAGAAGAGCAACCAGCAGAACCUGGGCACCAUCAAAUGCAGCAACCUCUGCACAGAAAUCGUGGAGUACACCAGCCACGACGAGGUGGCGGUCUGUAAUCUGGCCUCCAUCGCCCUCAACAUGUAUGUCACCCCGGAGCGGACAUUUGACUUUAAAAAACUAGCGUCUGUCACCAAAGUCAUCGUCAAAAACCUAAACAAGAUCAUCGACAUCAACUACUACCCCGUCCCUGAGGCAGAGAAGUCUAACAAGCGCCACAGACCAAUUGGAAUCGGCGUCCAAGGAUUAGCAGAUGCCUUCAUCCUGAUGCGUUACCCCUUUGAAAGUCCAGAGGCGCAGCUGCUGAACAUCCAGAUCUUUGAAACCAUUUACUACGCCGCCCUGGAGGCGAGCUGCGAGCUGGCGGCCGAGCUCGGACCGUACGAGACGUACGAUGGCUGCCCCGUCAGCAGGGGCGUCCUCCAGUACGACAUGUGGGAGAAGACGCCGACAGACCUGUGGGACUGGAAGCUGCUGAAGGAGAAGAUCGCCAAGCACGGCGUGAGGAACAGCCUGCUGCUCGCCCCCAUGCCCACAGCCUCCACCGCCCAAAUCCUGGGCAACAACGAGUCUAUCGAACCCUACACCAGCAACAUCUACACCCGCAGAGUUCUAUCGGGGGAGUUCCAGAUCGUCAACCCCCAUCUGCUGAAAGAUCUGACGGAGAGGGGGCUGUGGAGCGAAGAGAUGAAGAACAAGCUGAUCGGCAACAAUGGAUCCAUUCAGGACAUCGCUGAGAUUCCAAAUGACCUGAAGCAGCUGUACAAAACCGUGUGGGAGAUCUCUCAGAAGACCGUGCUGAAGAUGGCUGCCGACCGUGGCGCCUUCAUCGACCAAAGCCAGUCUCUGAACAUCCACAUCGCAGAGCCCAACUACGGCAAACUGACCAGCAUGCACUUCUACGGCUGGAAACAGGGUCUGAAGACGGGAAUGUACUAUUUGAGGACGAAGCCGGCCGCCAACCCCAUCCAGUUCACCCUGAACAAGGAGAAGCUGAAGGAGGGCCAGUCCAGCAAAAUGCCGGAGCAGGACGCUAAAGAGAGGAACACGGCGGCCAUGGUGUGCUCUCUGGAGAACCGAGACGACUGCCUCAUGUGUGGAUCCUAAAGCUGCUGUAGAAUUAAAUGCAUUUUAUGAAAUGCUGUUUCACCGUAGGUUAAUAAAAUGAUUUGUUAUUAAAGAAGUUUGAGAUUCUUGUGCAA